ACAUUGGAAUAAUGAAUAUUGUAAAAGGCUUCAGGUGAACUCCAUACAAUCGUUUCAUUUUGUUAACAUUAAAUUAUUACCACUCGGGAAUUUGAACAGCUGUGCCGCUAACUUUAAUUAUUAAGUUAUUUCACAUGACACGUCCCAACUGGAAAACGAAACCAAAAAGAAGGUAAUUUAUCGGGCUGUCACAGGAGAACAUUCUCAAACGUUUUUGGUCAGGAUGUCAGUGGAGUUCUCAGGGUGGGAGGUGGUCGAUGAUGGUGCCUGUUUUCCUGGAGUGAUACUAGGACCAUCACAGGCACCUCAAAACAAGGGUGUCUACACUAUGUUCCAUGGGACCCAUGUUUCCAGUGCUCGUGCCAUCAUCACCAGUGGUUUCCAGCCUUCAGGUGGAGGCACCCUGGGAAAGGGUGUAUAUGUGAGCCGUGAUAAGAACAAGGCUUCAAAUUAUCCACUUUUCGGGAACUCCUCAGACCAAGUGAUCCUUGAGGUGCGUGUCCGAGUUGGCCGCGUGAAGCGUAUUGACCCGGCCGACAUCCAGAUGCGGAUUACCUGGAGCACACAUGGCUACAACACUGCCUGGAUUCCCCCGGCCAAUGCCAUCAGUGGCCUAGAGGAGGACUGUGUGUUUGAUCCUAAAAGAGUGACGGUGGUGGGCAUUGCAAAGGCUCCAAAUGCUGUUAUAGAAAAGGAACUCAGAGAGCUUAUUUCAAAAGCAUCUAAAACAGUCAAGGGAGCAACGAAAAGAUCUAAACCUGUAUGUUCCUUGUGUAAGAGGAAGACCCAGCAGGAUGCACCUCACUAUCAGCAGCAGUGCUGGAAGUGUGGGAAAACCAUCUGUAUUCUCAUGUCCAAGCAUUUCUGCACUGUCAAACCUUACGAGACACUUAACCCUCCUUACCUUCCGGUGAUGGUUGGAGGAAAUGGUGGCACCUGUGCACAGCCUCGCUUCCGCCACAUAGUCCCAUUCUUCAAAGAGUUAAACAUUCCCAUUCUUCUCACAGAUCACCUGUUUUUGCAGGACCUUGAUAGCAUCCAGUACUGGAGCAAGAUGUCACUGCAGUUCUUUGGCUGGGAGGUGACCUAUGAUGAUUCUUCUUCUCGCUUGGAGCUGGGGGCCUCCCAGCAGCCCAAAGAUAAGGGUGUCUACACCAUGUAUCAUGGCACCAGCAUCGCCAAUGCACGUAACAUCAUCACCAAUGGCUUUAAGCAGUCACAAACAGGCAUGCUGGGUAAAGGUGUGUAUGUAAGUCGUGAUAGGAAGAAGGCAGAACGUUAUCCUCUGCACAACAGCUCCUUGGAUCGUGUGGUACUGGAGUUGCACAUUCGUGUUGGCCGUGUCAAACGUAUAGACACAGACAACCACCCGAUGCAGUACACCUGGAGCUCCCAAGGCUACGACACUGCUUGGGUUCCACCGAAUUGUGGCAUGAAAGCUGUGCCCAGCGGCCUGGAGGAGGACUGUGUGUUUGAUCCAAAGAGAGUGAAAGUUGUUGCCAUUGCUAGGGCCCCCGACACUGAAAAAGCACAGCUCAAACAGCUUUUGGCUAACAGCCCAGUAAACGGCAGCAAUGCAGCAGCUGCCACAAACGUGUGUUCACUGUGCAAAAGAAAGCAGCAACAGAGUUCUCCACACAUCAAGCAACAAUGCUGGGGAUGUGGGCAAAACAUCUGCAUACUGAUGAUCAAGCAUGUCUGUUCAAGGAGCGCUCAAAAUCCCUAAAUUGUACACUUGGGAGAGUUUACAUCCAUGUUUUCUCAGGCAGAAAGAAAGAAAACUAAAACUGAAACUUAAGAUUUUAAAUGCUCAGGGUGUAAUCCUGUUUUGGAUAUUAUGUCUUCCUGAAAGUGUAUUUUGAGAAAUGUGUUUACCUUCUUGGAAAAACAAACUUGUUUACACUGAUUUUUCUGAACUUAUUCAAUUUUUCUACCUUGCUUUAAUUUGUACUAUACUAGCCUGUUAUGGGGUCUCGUGCAAUUAAAGUAGGACAUUACUGAGGAAAAUGUGUUUAUUUUACAAUGAAGGUGUAAAUUAUUUCAUUAGAUUUAAAAAAAAUCUGAACUGAUUUUAUUUUCUGUAAAAAAAGAACCAAAAAUAAAACCAUGCAAAUGAAA